GCGCCACCCCCACCGUCUCUUCCACCAGCAUCACCUACGAUCAGACCAACUACACCGUCACUUUCAACACCUACACAAUGCGACUCAACUUCAACGCCUGCACCACCCUCCCUCCUAUCACCGUUGAGGCCACGCGAACGAUUCUGCGAGCGGACAGGGUGCCUGGGGGGGCGAGGGACUGUGCUGCUGUGUACGCGUUCCCGUGGAGCAGCUGGUGCAUUGGUCCCAAGACAACGCUUCGCCCUCCAGUUAAUGGAACAGGCGGGUCGAUCUAUUAUUUCGGAUAUCCGUACAGCUCCUUCAGCUGCGUUGCUGCUGAGUCAUGUGCAACCAAGAGCUGUGGAGGCAACGGCACGUGCAUGGAGGAUAGUGCUGGGGUUGCCUCCUGUGUUUGUAACGCUGGGUUUCUGCUGCAACCUGACGGCACCACAUGCACUG